AUGGAUACAGAGACCGAGUUUACUCCAUCACAUGAAGUUGAUUCCAAUGUAGUGGAGUCUAGCUCCAGAGUAAGGGAAAAGGUUGAUCCGGCUUGGGAAUAUUUUAGCCUUGCGGUGGAUGAGAAGGGACAGAAUACUUUUACAUGUGUGUAUUGUAGGCAAACAUAUAAAGGUGGCGGUAUUAAUAGGAUGAAAAAACACCUUGCGGGGAUAAAAGGUGAUAUUGGAUUGUGUAAAAAGGUUUCUCAUGAUGUGAGAUACCAAAUGUUGGAAUAUGUGAAGGAGUUUGAGUUGAAGAAAAAAGCUGAUAAACAACAUCAAGAAAAAAUGUUUAGUGUGCCUUCCACAAAUAGUGAUAUGCAAGAAGAUGAAGAUGUUCAAGAAGUAUUUAGUAGUGGAUUGCCUAAAAAACCUGUUUUAGGCAAAAGAAAGUGUACAAAUCCAGUGGAUAAUUACUUUGCUCUAAAAACUACUCCAGGAGCUCAACUUAGUCUUAAAAGUGUGUUCCAAAGUAAAGAAAGGGUGAGGCAAGUUGAUAUGGCUAUUGCAAGGUUUCUGUAUGACAAUUGCAUUUCUUUUAAUGUAGUGAAUUCAGUGUACUACCAAAGGAUUGUUGAUGCCGUAGCUGUUGCUGGUCCUGGUUACAAAGGUCCAUCUUAUCAUGCUAUACGGGUCCCUUUGUUAAGAGAUCAAAAGAAAGAGGUUCAAUUGGGAAUGGUAUUUGUAAAAUCAAUUGAUGCCUCAGAUAUUGUAAAGAGUACCAGAAACUUGUUUAAAUUGUUUGAUGAAGUAGUUACAUGGGUUGGUCCAAAAAACAUAGUUCACAUGGUUACUGAUAAUGCUUCCAAUUAUGAUAUGGGAAACAUGCCUCAUGUGGAGAGACUCAAAAAACGUGCAUCCAAAGUUACAGUUUUUAUUUAUAAUCAUGUGGCUUUGAUUGCUUGGUUGAGGAAGAGACCUGGUUGGACAGAUAUUGUACAUGUAGGAGAAACAAGAUUUGCUACUACUUUCCUUUCAUUUGGAAGCCUUCAUGUGCAUAAGUAUGACUUGCAAGCCUUAGUAACUAGCAAGUUCUUUGUGGACAAUAGAUUGGCAAGAGAGUCAAAGGCAAAAGAAGUAGUUUCUAUCAUUUUGGAUAAUUCUUUUUGGGAUGAUAUUAAUGUUCUUGUCAAGAUUUCAUCACCACUCAUUCGUUUGUUACGAAUUAUUGAUUCUGAUCAAAGGCCUGCAAUAGGAUAUGUGUAUGAGGGCAUGCAUAGAGCACGGUUGGGAAUCAAGAAGAUCUUCCGAAUGAAGAAGCACUUGUACAAGCCAUACACCUCAAUUAUAAAAAAUCGUUGGGAAAAACAUUUGUGUAAAGAUCUUCAUGCUGUUGCAUAUUGGUUAAAUCCCGCUUUUCAAUGUGAUGAGGAGAAUUUUUGUCGGAAACUAGCAGUACAUAUGGCUGUUUUGGACUACAUUGGGACAAAAUAUGAUGGUGACAAAGAAAAGUUUAAUUUUGACCCCAUUGAUUAUGCAAGUAUCGAUAAAACUGAUUUUUGGGUAUUUGUGGAAGAGGAAGACCCAUAUCUUAAUUAUGAAGAGUUGGAGAAUGCAAUUUAUGAAGAGGGUGCAUAUCCAACAAGUGCAGGGCCUUCUUCUAAUAUUGAAAAAUCUGUAGAUGAUAGCAGUGAGAUUGAAUGA